GGUUAUCUGCAAAGGAAUAGUCAGUUCUCAUCGAGACGCGAUAGCGAUGAAUCUUCUCGUGAGAAUCUCCGGAUUCUUCAUAAUACUCGGUGAAACUCUUCUGGCGCCCUUCCUCUGGCUAUUGGAUUCGUUGCCCAGGCAGAGGGUACCACCGAUCAAGGACGAACUGCUCCUCUUGAGUGCAACCCAACUCGCGAAGAAAAUUAGAAAUCAGCAGGUGAGCUGCGAAGAAGUAAUAAAAUCGUACAUAAAUCGCAUCAGAGAAGUAAAUCCCAUAAUCAAUGCAGUAUCAGAGGAACGCUAUGAGAGUGCCAUGCACGAAGCGAGGGAAGCGGACCGUUUUAUCAAGAACCAUUACCUUUCGAAAGAAAAGUUGAAGAAUUUGAAACCGUUCUUCGGUGUGCCGAUAACGCUGAAGGAAUGUUGCGGCGUUGAAGGUCUAACGUGGAGCGUCGGUUCACGCCUGAGAGAGGGGAUCAGAGCUUACGAGGAUUCCGAGGCGCUGAAACGGCUAAAGGGGGCAGGAUUCAUCCCGCUUUUAGUCAGUUCGGUGCCCGAGUACUGCGUUGGACUUGAGUCCAUCAAUCUGGUGAAUGGAUGGACAAAGAAUCCGUACAACACCAACAGGACAUCAGGUGGAUCAUCUGGCGGAGAGGGAGCCCUGCUUGGAUCAGGAGCAUCCGUUGUCGGAUUGGGAACGGAUUUUGCCGGUUCCAUUAGGAUUCCGUGUCAAUUCAAUGGCAUCUACGGACACAAAACCACUUCAAGGAUCGUUCCGAAGAAAGGCUUUUAUCCGGAUACAACAGAUGAUAGGACCUAUGACUAUUUCACGAUCGGGCCAAUGACUAGAUACGUCGAAGACUUGAUGCCGAUGUUGAAGAUCUUAUCCGGCGCGGAAGGAACGUGCUUAAAUUUAAGUGAAAAAGUAGAUUUAAGCAAGCUGAAAGUGUUCUUCUCGAAAGGAAAAUAUGACCAGUUCGGUGUGCCGAAGGUGCAAAAGGAGAUCGUGGCAGGAAUCAACGAGGCCAGACAAUAUUUGGAGUCUCAUCUCAGCAUGGAAACGGAAGAAAUUGAAAUCGAAGAUUUCAAGCACGGCUUUGAGAUCUGUAUCAUGAUGUACCUGACGUUAGGCGGAUUGCCCAACUUUCUAGAAAACCCAAACAAUCCGAAAAAAGAUCUUAACGUUUACAUGGAGGUACUGAAAAAUCUGAUGGGAAAGAGCAGACUCUCGCUGUUUGUUCUGAUGUUCAUCAUUCUGUAUCGUUACACGGGUUUCAUUCCAAAGAGCCACUUCCCAUAUUACCAGAAAAAAAUGGAGCGUAUGAAAUCGCAAUUCAAUGAAGCGCUCGGGGAUAACGGAGUGUUCAUUUAUCCUUCCUUUCCGAGCUCCGCUUUUGGCCAUUACCGUACGGCGACCAGAGCGUACGGCAUCUGCUUCUCAAUGAUCUUCAACGUAAUGGGAUGUCCAAGUACGCAGAUUCCAAUUGGCUUUGAUAAAAGCGGAAUGCCCAUCGGUCUGCAGAUCGUCGCCGCUCCCAAACAAGACAGACUUUGCCUUGCCGUAGCCGAGGAGUUGUCCAAACGCUUUGGUGGCUGGGUUCCACCAACGUAAAAUACUUGAAGAUAUUUGAAAAUAAAGAUUAAAAUUGAAUAAAUACAUUUAUUUAAGCGUC